CUCCCAGGCUCCCAGGCUGCGGGUCCCGCCCUCGGGCGCCACCGCCUCCGCCCGCACCGCAGCAAAAUGAGCCGGGCCGCGCGCCCCAGACCGCCGCGCGCUCGGCCGCCCCCACUGCCGAGAGGCCCGCAGUCGGGCCGGUGGCGCACGAGCCGGGCGGGCGACCGCGGGAGGCGUCCGCGUCAUCUCGCGUCACCUCGCCCCGCCCGCUUCCCAGGCUUCGAGUCCCGCCCUGCGCGCACGCGCACCGGCGCUGCUUGGGUCCUCCCUUUUCGGAGAUUUGAAUUUCCCCCAGCGAGGCGAGUGAGGCGAAAUACCCGUAUGGUGAUCGCUGGCCUUUUCGCGCCAAUACUGAAAAAGGCAGAACGUUCCUCCGCUGGCGCCAGCCAAUCAGCAGGACUCCUGCCUUCCUUCGGGGCAAGGUCGCAGCAUCUGCCUCGGAAAUCACGGGGCUUCUUUCUGCUGGCUCAGCCGGGAGGCCCAGAGUGUUCUGCAGAGGCUGCGUAUUGAAGGCUGCUCUCUGAAGCUCCCUGCCCCAGGUCACGUCGCCGGUUCCAGAUGAAUCCAGAGUGGGGGCAGGCCUUCGUGCACGUGGCCGUGGCCGGCGGCCUCUGUGCCGUGGCUGUGUUCACGGGCAUUUUUGACAGCGUUUCCGUGCAAGUGGGCUAUGAGCACUACGCCGAGGCGCCGGUGGCCGGCCUCCCUGCCUUCCUGGCCAUGCCGUUCAACUCACUGGUGAACAUGGCCUACACGCUGCUGGGGCUGUUGUGGCUGCACAGGGGCGGCGCGGUGGGGCUGGGUCCCCGCUACCUGAAGGACGUGUUCGCAGCCAUGGCCUUGCUCUACGGCCCCGUGCAGUGGCUGCGCCUGUGGACGCAGUGGCGCCGUGCCGCGGUGCUGGACCAGUGGCUCACACUGCCCAUCUUUGCAUGGCCCAUGGCCUGGUGCCUCUACCUAGACCGCGGCUGGCGGCCCUGGCUGUUCCUCUCUCUUGAGUGCGUCUCCCUGGCCAGUUAUGGCCUCGCUCUGCUGCAUCCCCAGGGCUUCGAGGUCGCACUGGGUGCUCACGUGGUGGCCGCUGUGGGGCAGGCGCUGCGCACCCACAGGCACUAUGGCAGCACCACCUCGGCUACCUACUUAGCUUUGGGGGUGCUCUCUUGCCUGGGCUUUGUGGUCCUCAAGCUGUGUGACCAUCAGCUCGCACGGUGGCGUCUCUUCCAGUGCCUCACAGGCCACUUCUGGUCCAAGGUCUGUGACGUGCUCCAGUUCCACUUUGCGUUUUUGUUUCUGACGCAUUUCAACACUCACCCAAGAUUCCAUCCCUCUGGCGGGAAGACGCGUUGAACCCAGGGAAGAACCUGCUGAAAACCGAUGACCCCCAGCAUUGAAAUGGACUCUGAGAUGGCAGCGUGGUGCCAGUGUCAGGCAUCCUGCGUGUGAUGUCAUGCACUGAUCACACAAGACUGCCCUUUUCCUGAGAAGCUGCGGGCUUCGGUGUGGAGGGGUGGAGUGCUGUGAUCUCGACAACUUACUUUCAAAGACAUAAAGCACAGAUCUCCACACAGGGGAUGUGUGUGUUCCUGAUGUAAUUUGCAUAACUUUUCUGUAGUUUGAAAUGUUUCCAAAUAAAUAUUGGCAAGGGGAGUGGAAAUGACACCAAGAAGCCCCUCAUGCUCAUGGUUAGACAGCGA